CACUCCUCCAUUCACAUCAAUGAAUCACUAAGUGAACCCUGGUCUCCUCUACCUCAAUCACCGGUGCUUCCGUGAUCACGACGGAGACAGUGUGUUUUGGGGGGUUGUGCAAGCCGAUCAGCCGCAUUACUGCGUUGCCGCGAACAGGCCCAGAUAGUAUGUGCGCAUAAGUGUGCCUGGUGGCUACCGACCCCCGUACCAAGGUCACCAUAGCUGGAGCGGCUUCCCUAUCGUGCGAUCAAUUGAUCAAGCUAAGAUCCCUUGGCCUCUUUCAGCUCAGAAAAGUCUCUCACUCGGUUGGGACGCCUCCCAACUCUCUCUUUAUUGCAGCUGAACACAUGAAGCAGCGCAUAUAUUAACCUCGCGAUCACUGUCAUGCACAAGAUGCCUUCGACAACGCCCUUGCAGGAGCUCAUGGACAAAAUACCGCACCAUCGAGGUGGCACUCACGCUGAAGUCUCUCAGAGCUGCAAAGCACUGCUCUCCGUGAAGCGCCAAACAGCUCUUGCAGAGUUAGCGGCUCUGCUAUCUGCAUAUGACGACGAUCCUUCGGAGCUUUCCUACACGAGAGCCUUAGUGAAUGACUUUGGUACUUACGUCCCGCUGAUUGUCAAGCUGGCAGAGCUUGUGCUCAAGCAACGCGUCAAGAUCGCUUAUGAGCUAUACGCGAAAGAAGAUGGCGCACACGCGGACUUUGGCCUUCAGAAUCGGGGCACGCAUGCCGACAGACCAUCCUCAGUCACUAAUCUGAAGCCGAUAAUGCGGAAUAUCGCGACUAACACCCGCCCUCAUAUUGACGACGCUUCAGAGCAGAGCGAGUGCCAAAGGUGGCAUCGGCUGGUCCGCGUGCUCAUUAACCUCGCUCUAGAUGCCCUGGAUACCUUGCAAGAGAAAAAUCAAGCCCAUCGGACGAAGUAUCGCGACAUAUUGCUCGAAACUUACGUCCCGCUGCUCGUAAACAUCUUUGUCAUCGCUUCCGAAUACCCUUGGCUUAUCCCGACGAAGAGCAUUUCCAGCUGCUGCAUGGCUCUUGCAGACCUGGCGGACACCUAUGGCAGCAAGAGCCUUUGUGACAGAAUCAGAUCUGGAAUACGAAUCGAUGCCUUGGGGAGAGUAUUGGCUUCAUCUCAUGGCCUUCGCGGCAUGCAAGACCUUCUUUGGAUCUGCCACCUAUUGCGCCCAGAGCACGGUAGCGAACGGAUGAUUCGUUGCUUCUACGAAGAUAUGUUCUCCUUCUUGUCGCAACCGACCUUUACAUUCACGCUGGGGUUCUUCCAAGGGAUCAUGCAAGCCGCAGCUGACGACAUCAUCGCAACGGGCAAUGUGAACGAAGUAUGGGACAACUUUGCAGCUAUCAGCCACAAUACGAAAGAGCAGAUGAAGCGUGCUUGCAUUCAGGCGGUCUUGGGAAUCGAAAGGAGCGCUGCAAGCCAGCUGGCACCGGCAGUCCUCGAUCUGAGCACCAGCCUCGAGGCGAUCUCCAGCAGACGUCCAGUGCCUGUGACAGUCUUGCAAGUGCGACACCAACAACAAGAGAAGCCACUCAGCAGCCACGGACCGCCAAUGAUACUAUGGAUUCAGCAUGUUGGGCUGGAGCUGAGCAUCAUCCUGCAAGGAAAGCUUUCUAUUCUCUCCAUGGAAUGGAAGAACAUCGACGCGAUUGAAUUAGGCGCUGACGGGCAGCGAGAGGUGGUGCGCAUCAAAUGCAGCCCAAAGACUCGGAUGCAGCCGUGGUUCGAAAGUCAGAUCGUCAGAAAGCUGGGUCCUGCAAUUGAGCUCACCGUGAAAAGUAAAGAGGAUCGCCGUAAGCUUGGCUUUGCCCUUACCCGUUGCAACCAACAGGACAAAGUAGUGCAGAGGACUGCAAGACCGACGCAUCUGCCUACCGAUUUGCUAUCCAAACUCACAAAGCAGCCGCCAGCUUUGCGCAAGCGCAAGGGCGCCAUCGCUCCUAGCAUCGAUGUUUCGGACCGGGGCGAUUGCUCUGUUAUUUUACCCAUGAAUGGCGAAGGAUCCGCUCAACAACAUGAAGCUCUUGAGAGCGCCAACAUCACAGCUUCACCGCCGGUGUCGCACGCCUCGUGCCCGAGCCAGAUCCAGAGGCGCACUCAAAAGAUGCAGCACCUGUCACAAAUGAACGACGAGACCUUGAGAUCGGAGAGGCAGCUUUGCGAUGCAGCCCAAGCACCAGCUGAUGGUGCGCCCAAAGCCAGUCAAUCACAUUCAAAGAACGCGACCCUAUCUGAGCUGGCCGCAGCUGAUCCUCUGUGCGAAAUGGAGAGCUUCUGGCCACAAGACGACGGAGAAAAAGGCACUCAUGCUGGCGACAUUGGUAAAGACUGUGAUUCAGUUGAGAAAAUUCAUCAAGGCCCGGAAAAAUAUCUGCAAGCAAAGCCCGGCAAAACCGCCUCGCAAACUUCUGCGACGGUUCGAAACAUUCCGACCGCGAAGAAUGACCCCUCAGUACCAAUCAAAGGACAGAACAAGGCGGUCAAACGGCCUGCCCCUCCAUCGGAUCCUGUGCGCCGCAGCCGGCGUGUGGCUCGCAAGCAUGGGGUCAAGGAGUCUACAGAAGCAGCUAGGAGUCGAAACACAGCUACCGAGCCGAUGAAUGCAACCCUGUCUACGAGAGGCAGCGCUAAUGACGAGCCUUUUCACGACAACUCCAGUUCCUCCUUAAGCACUGCAUCAGCUCACGAAAUUCAACAGCCGGCGAAAGAAAUGCUCAUGGGCAUGCGAAAUCGCAAAGCAGCCGAUGCUGUUACCAACAGUGAAGAAUCCGAAGCGAAAACAACUCCCGAAGCUAAGAAAGAGACUGUACUUGAACAGACGCUGACGAGGCAGCCAUCCCUCAAAGAAGCUACAGCACCACGCAUACAGGUUAGAAACACUUUCGAACGUUCACACAGGCGGUCGCAUCAAGCCUCAGCUCGGGAUAAAAGAGUGGACUGUUCAUCGGAUAAGGAGGAUGAGGACGACGUUGACCAUGAAGACUUGCCAACUGCUACUUCGAGGAAAAGAAAAGCAAAAGUCGGCAGCAAGAAGAUGUCUUCAAAAAAGGCGAAGGCGUGUGACGAGCCACGAGUAAGCGCUACAAAGUCGACGCAGUUUAGCAUGAAGCGCAAGAAUGGUUGGGAGGCAAGAGAACCACAUAAGAUCACUACAACUAGAGUGAGCACUGCUCAGCUACAGCGAGAUGCCGAACUUCCUCGCGCCGACAACACGCAAGCGAGAGGAGAUGCUCGGACUAGUACGGGUUCGUCCCCCAGAGGCUCAACCUUCGACGCCAAGCCCGACAAAUCUGGUGCCUUCGAUCCCCUGCGAGGAGUUGUGCCGAGCAACCCCAAUGUGGAGGAAGAGAAGGGCGAUCUUGCCGGCUCUGUGACACUUGAGCUGCUUGCAGAACCGCAGAAGUCCCCGCCAGAGCCUCAGCCGCGUGAAAGAGACAGUAUCACUAGCGACACGCAAAAGGCGUCCAAGAAAGGGUUCAAAAAUGUCACAGCUUCGUGGAUGACCGCAACACAUCAAGCUCUCCAACGAACACGCUUUAGCCACAUACCUGAGAUGGGCACUGCCGGGGAACCCUUUGAAGAUAAAUGGAAGAGUGAGACUUCGCGCGCGGCGCCAAGGGACGAAGAAGAAGAGAUAGUAGAGAACAGCCAGGUUGAAGAUGAACAAGAGGCGCUCCGUUCCGGUGUAGAACUUCCUCCUUCGAUUCAGCAUUCUCAGCAAGUUUUUGUUGAAAGUGAGCAACAUCAGCAGCUGGCCGUCACUCUCACCAAGAGCACUCAGGAAAUGGUCGAAAGGAAGGCUCUAUUUCCCGCACAUGCGGCUCGAAAGCGUGAUUCAAGCAGCCUUCCGUCUGUUACCACAACGUCACGCAUCCCAGCCGUUCACGCUGUUGCAGACGAGGUAUCUCCUUCAUUGCAUAGUGAGGUGUCGGCUGUCGGUGACCUACAUACGAGAACUUCAUCCACAAUCCGAGCGCAACUGGACGACAUUUCCCAGAACAAGCUGCUUGGGAGCAAAGCGGGCAUUGGUAGCGACAGUGGUCUCAAUAUCACUUCGGCCGCUUCACACCACGAAAAGACUCCAAUUGUGGACUCCGUGAGGGCUGCCUGCGCUGGCAGAAUCCAAGUCGACACUAGCGCGGCAAGUGAUCACGAGCUGAAGCGAGCCAACGAUGCUGUACAUAUGUUGCCUGAUGCUCCGAUGUCGCUUCACGUGCCAGUGCAAUUCACUUCUCCUAGGCGGAUGCGCUCGCCCGGUGGUCCUCCAACUCGUCGCUCGCAUGGUCAUCCGGCUAACUCCGAAGCGCCAGAAGAACUGGACACAAGCAUUUCAGCAGCCUUGGUUACGGCUCGGGCUCGCCGCAGGAAGUUCCACAAACUCCUAGCCGCUGGCAAGGACACCGUUGACACCGCAAGCUCCAAUCUACCAACGUUAAGAGAACUGCAGGACAAAAUGAACCAGCUUAUACUCCUCAUGAUGGAGCAACUCACAGCGAAGCUGCAUGAUAAGGCGAACGAGGCCCGCUUCCGAAGCAAAGCUUUGCUUAGAAAUGCAUGCAAGUCUGCUCACAGGGAGGUCUUCUGGUGUGCCGGCUUACUCGAAUCCGUGAGAGACCUAGCUCAGCUCGCGGAUAGCAUCAUUACACAUCAAGAGGCUACGCUGAGCCCUCAGCCAUUGCUGGACGCCUCCGAUCAAAUCGAAAAAUUGACAGGUAUUAAGCCUCGAUCACAACGAAUGUUACAAACUGUGUAAAAAAUACAGCGCAGUGAGCCAGCGAAAUCCUAAAUUAAGUUCAACGCCUUCC